CGUGUCGUAUCGAAAAUUUUAAAAAAUUUCUCGUAUGGCCGUAUCGGUAUUUUAUCCGUAUCAGGCUUCAUAGACCAGAGCUGUUGUCACGGCAUAAUUUGCCACCAUCACUUCCGUCGCAAACUACUCUCACAAUGGAAGCCUCUAGCGACACUCACCACACUUCAACCGAUGAAAACGACACCGUCGUCGUUCAAACGGAACCUUCAAGUUCUCACGCCGGCGAUAACAGUUCUGAAACCGAAAACGCCGCCGGCGAUUCCCUCUCGAAGAGCUCCGAUGUGUUGGCGAAAGGCUUGUCCUCGAUUCUCUCUUCCGUAAUUACGGAUUUUGAUUUCAGAGCUCAACAAACUCUCAUCAGCCAAAAUCAUCUCUCUUCCUCUAUCGAUCGUCUCACUGGAGAACUUGAUCAGUUACUCGAAGAUGCACCUUUGCCAUUCAUAAUGCAACAUGCUGCUAAGAUAUCUAGUGUUAGGAAAAGAGUUUCAUCACUGAAUUCACUUCUAAAAUCCAUACAAGGGAGGAUUGAUAAUAUAGACCGUAUUAUGUCUACUGGCACUACUCAUGAGAAAGCAACAACUGAAAGUUCUGGGUGAAUUGUCAUCAGCUCAAUCAACUCCCAUUUUUUCCUUAUGUAUGUAUCACUGCCAUGCAAUGCACCCUUGAGCCCUUAAAUUUAAUUAUUCUUGUUAGCAUAUACUUGCUUGGUGCCAAUUCAGGGCAUUCAAAUUGGCAGCCAGCUAAUAGUUGUAAUUUAGGUUACUUUUAAUCAUCACUUAAUUUUUGUUUAAAAAAAAAGAAACAAUUUACAGAA